GGCAGCUCAAGAAACAGGCGAUCUAACGACAUCGACACCGAGAAACUAAGCGAUGUUCAUCAGUGAGAGAUCUAAACACAGUUUGAUAUCAUUGUCGACGACCGAUUAUACAACAUCUUGAAAUGUCAUAAAGCAUUUGAACAAUUCCGGCCGAGCAUGGAACCUGGAGUUGACUUUGGCAAGCAGUUUACCAACAUCACAGCAUCGUUGGGCCAUAUCGGGGUCGGAGAUCAAACAAACAUCAUGCGCCAACUCCCACGACAAUAUCAUUCCUUCUCAUUCUUUCGACUUUGAAUGAAGCUUUCCAACCUCGGCAUCUGAUCACUCACACCUUCACACUGAAUACCAGCAUCAACGAGCACCGCCAUCGCCUCCUACUCGACAUUGAACUUUGGAAGCUCUGGUGUGAAGGAGCUUACAUCGGGUCAUCCUCACCAUCACUGCCGUCCUUUCGGAUAGUUCUUUGGCUCAAAUGGCGGCGAGUGGUCUCUCAGCCACACCGUGAACCCCGACGGCGCCGGUCAGAAGGAAUCAUUCGAUGCCUGGAUCGCAACGGUUCAAGCAGGCGGUCAUCUUAGCUAAGUAUAAUCCUCUUCAUUAUCGCGGAAUUUACUCCACCGUUCGUCACAAAGCCUGGGUUGCACGACUUGGAAAGUUGAAACAGUUAGACUGUCAUCAUUAUCCCUGCCGUCUCUCAUUUCGUUGCUUGCCAACCAGUGCUCUCACUCCAUCUCCCCCGCACCGCAUGAAUCUGGCCCAACCCAUCCAGUUGGCCAGGUCUUCGAAUGGCCGACCCAAGAUUCCCUUUUGUCCGCUUUCCUAUCCUGGCGAGAUGCCUCGACGAAAAGAGCUUCUUCAGGUUCGAUCGCCAUGCCGUGCACACGGCAUGGAUGAUUCAAGUAGCUUUCUUCAACCUCGCAAGCCCGAUCAAAGGUUCAGUAAAACUUCUUCUCCAGAUGCCGUACCAUUUCUCUCAAUUGUUGGUUGUUCGUUGAACGCUAGCGAGGGGUCGAAACAUGAAACUGUUGCUUUCUCAAGGCUUCAAAACUCGUGAUGAACCUCGACAUGGGACUCCCAUGCUUGGAAGAGGAGUCCUUCGGAUGUCACAACCGGACCCCUGUCAGGCAAGGUGCGGCAACACCUUGCUCUCUCCAUUUGCUUUCGUCAGAAAUUCUCCGUCCGAUGUUCUUCUUCAGGACUGCAACCUUCCUUCUCACGUCUUUGGAUGCUGGUGCUCGGACGUGCUAUACUUGUCACCCGCUCUUGCAGCGAAGGGACGUGUUGAAGUCGGCGGUUGGAAACACUUGCUUCCGCUGCAGAGACGGGAGCGAUCCUAUUUUUGUUGGAUCUAUCUAGGAAGUUAUCAACAAGUGUUGUUGAUGAGUCUAUGUACAAAACAAACAAGUUUUGGGCAACAUAUGCCGAAUAUAAUUCCCAUACCCGGCCAAGAGACAUAAACAAGUCUGGAUACACAAACCCCUUCUCAUAAAAAAAUCGGUGCUCAUGUUUGAUACUUUACCCGUCGUUUCUAAGUAACCCUCCCUGAUUGGUGGAUAUGGAUUCGAAUCGUACUGUGGUGGUUACAUAGCGUGCCUUAAUAUAGCACCCCGGUCAUGUCCCUUCUUGCCGCAAAUGGUCCCCAGUGCCGACAGGGGGCCUUCUUCUGCCAAGGGAUUCUCGAGAAGUUCUUGGGAUUCGGGUCUCAGAGUUCGGCCAUGGCGGGGAUCCCGCCCCUUCACCACCAGCCGCCCUAUGACAGUGGUGUCGUUCGGCGAUGGCUUGGGCACACCACGAUGGAAGCAUACAAAGGGUGGUCAUGCCCCCCUGCUGCUCAUCCUCGCCUCCGUUUGUUGCUCAAGGAUUCUUACCUUGUCGCUCUCUCUCUCUCUCUUCACAAACCUAGGCACAGGUUGUCAGUGUCAUGAAUAUCUCUUGGGUACUCUCCAACUGUUGAUGGAUCCUUUCUAAUCAAACUUUUCUCUUCUCCGCUGCCGGCUUGUGUUUUUUCUUGGUUUCUUAUGUGUUGUGCUUUUCCUUCUUUUUCUUCUUCAGGGUCAGCAUCUUAUAUUGCGGGACAUGGAGAUAACCAUACCUCCACGAGACCAUGGACCUUCGACUUUUCGAUAUGCGUGGGAUGAGAACGGUGAGGUGACACAGAUGACAAGAGUACGAGAGGACCAGCCAUCCCCACUAGUCACACCACGACCUAUCCCAGGUCGACAAACUAUUCAAUGGCCCUUCCAGAGCAUCGUUACCGAGACGGAAAUCGCCUCCCCGACAACGACGACACACUUCCACCAUCACCACCAUUAUCAUCACAGACGGGCGACGACAGCUACGACUUGGCGACCAUGGCUACAAAGGAGGAGAGAUAGCGACGGGCACUCGAUAGCGAGGAAUUUGGUGCCAGAUUACGUCGUCAACUACCUCCGAGGUGAAACACCAGAAACUGUGUCAAAGCGGAAGUAUAUCCAUUAUGGGGUGGGCAAAGAGGGGAAACGCCCACUGCCGGGGAGUUCGCAUCGGCAUCUCCAAUCACGAGCGGCCGAGUUUGGAGGAUUUUACGAAUCGGAGUCUUCAGAAGGGAGAGGGAGCGGUGACUCUGGUGGUGAUCAAGAGCGCCUGGGUUUCGGCAACGAGAAACGGCGAGGAGGUGAUGGCAGGGCGUUGAGGAAUACUCUUCUUGUGGGGUGGAGGGCCGGGGUGGCUUUUAACACGCUGGUCGGGUUUGUGAUUUUGAUUGUGGGGUUCAUCUGUCUGAUACUGGCGAUAUCGAAGGCUUCAUUGCUUGGAGGGGGUGGUGGGAGACUGGCGAUUUUCACGGGGAGUUGCGCGGCAGCUACGCGGAUUGACUGGGGAUUGCAUGCCGUUGUUAACGUGUUUUGUGUGGUGUUAUUGGCGGGGGCACAUUAUGUGUUUCAGGUGCUGAGCAGUCCGACGAGGGAAGAGGUCGAUGAGGCUCAUCGGAAAUGGCAAUGGUUGGAUAUCGGGGUGCCAAGCUUUCGAAAUUUGAGGUUUAUUGGGAGAGUGAGGGUGGUGCUGGCGGUUGUGGUUAUGGGGGUGGCGGUUGUUACUCAGAUAAUGUAUAAUGCGGUAAUCUUCACUUCGCAAACAGCGCCUGACUUCAAGGCUGCUGUCGUUACGGAUGCCUUCACUCGAGGCGCAUCAUUCAGCAACGCUACGGAAAACAACAAUGGCGGACUGAGCCGACUCGAAAUUCUCAGUCUUCAGCGGCAAGCAAGCAGCGACGGCAUGGCCAAUUUGACGAGAUCCGACUGCUUCAUUCAACUCGACCGCACCCUCGAGUCCGACCUAUCAGCCAUUCUGCUUGUUUCCAACAUCAACUCGCCUUCUUCGCUUCUCCAAACCGCUGCAGGACCCCGAACCUCGCCUUUCAGCUCGAUCGUGUCUGACCAGUCCACAAUUCGUUACUGUCUCUCCGCUCCUCUUAUUCAGCCAAAGACGUGCGAAGUCAACCUCAAUGCCUCACUGCUGGGCGUUGUCGCCCUCCUCAACUCCUUUGCGCUGGUAGCAGGCGCCUCCAUUCUCUUCAAGCACCACUCCCGCUUCUCGCCUCUAUGCACCCUCGGUGAUGCCAUCAACUCCUUUCUCAGGGAGCCCGACACUGCCACCCAGCAGUCCGGCUCACUCCUGUCCAAGAAACAGGAUGUCUUGACCGGCCGCUGGGGAGCGGGCAUUAACGAGCCAGCCAGAUAUUACAUUCCCACCCACCAUUACUGGAUCAAAUCCGUUUCUUUCACCAACCUCACCACCUUUGUAGCGGUUUGGACGGUUAUCGCCUCCUUGGUAAUUGUUGCCCUGGCAAUAUCCGUCUGCCACGAUCCAGAGCACCUCCUUACAUCGUUUCCGUCAACUCUGCUCGGAGCGAAAUCGCUGGUCAUGUUUCCGGGGGGUAUCCCACCUGCGGGCGCGGCUAUCAUUACUGCCCUCCCACAACUUGGGCUGGUACUUCUUUAUCUCACGACGAAUAGCAUUCUUACGAGUUAUCACUUAUCCCACGAGUGCUCACUCUUCGCGGUCUCACCCCGCCCACUUAGACUUUCUUCGCCUUUUCCCCAGGGCCUUCAGACUAGCAGUUUAUUUCUCACGCUGCCGCGCCCGCUCUCGUGGCUGCUUAUUUUUGGUUUUAUCGCGCUGGGCUUUCUUCUCUCUCAAUCAUUCGUUUUGGUGUCGGUCACUACUGGUGACAUGACCGCCAACGCUGUCGGCCUGAGCGGUGUCGGGCUGUUGGCUCUGCUCUCGCUGUUGCUCAUUCUAUUGUUGCUAGUCUUGGGGUUAGGUUUGCGAAAGGCCCCUCCUGCUGGUCUUCAGGGGUGGGAGCUGAAAGGGAACCCUAUGGUGCUGGAAGGGGGGAGUUGCUCGGCUGUUGUUGCUGCUAGGUGUCAUUAUCAUCAGUUUUUUGUGCCGGGGGGGAAUGGGACGAGGGAUGGGACUACGAUUAGUGGGGGGGAGAGGAGGAGGGAGCAGAGUAUUUGGAAACAGGAGUUGAUUUGGGGGGUUAUUAAGCCGGGGGUUGGGAUGGAGGUUGGGCUUUGUGGGUUUGGGAGGGGGGAGGCUCAGGAUGGGGUGGGGAGGUUAGGGGUGGGGAGGUGUUAUGCUUGA